CCCGUGAUCCAGUGCGCAUGCGCAGUGCCGCUGGCGGUUGUCUGAGUGAUUUGAGUUUUCUGUUGGAUUUGUUUGCACACGUUUGUGUGUUUUCUUCUAAUCAGUUUUACUUCAGUUCAUCCUUACUUUCGCUUUCUGUUCGUUAUCUGCAGUGGAUUCAUCUGAGGGCUAUGAGUCGAGCGUGUGAUCAUGGCAUCUGAAGAGGGUCUUGCGUCCCCUGAGUCGAGCGUUACGUCUCUGCUGGCCACAUCAGGACGCCUGCAGAGCUCGUUCCAUCCAGAGCCCGUCGCCACCAUCAAAUACAAGGACAAACGCUACGUCUCUGCGUCAGAGGCGCUGGACGCGUACAUCUGUGAUUUCCAGAGGAGUCUGCGGGACUCUGAGACGUCAACAGGGAAGCUUGAGCUGCCCAAAGAGCUUUCAAAACCUCAUCCCAGGAACAGAGAUGUACUGAAGACGAGUUUGACAGAUGGAGAGUUGAACUUCCUGAACAUUCCCGUCGGGAAGAGAGACUCCGAUCGGCUCAGUGUGACCACCGACGACCUCUUGGCUCUCCCAAACGACGGCUCUCUCCCUGUGACCCGCACCUCCGCCCUCCUCUCCCGCUCGGGGAGCUUUCCAUUGGGAUUGAGCUUCAACUCUAGUUCCCGGUCGCACUCGCGGCCCACAGUGACUCAGAAACGCUCCACGCGCCGACCCGCUCCACCAGCGAGCAGGAAGUCCCUCCCUGUGGACAAUUUACUGAUGGGCAGCUUGCGAUCAUGUCGCCAAGCUCCUCCUCCUAACAUCCUGCUAGCCAAUCAGAUGCAUCCAGCCGACACGCCCAGAUCCAGUUAUCUCCCGCGCUGGAUGACCAGCCAGAAAUCUGAAAUGGAUUUUUCGGGCAUGACCAGCGUUCCUGACCUGAAGUACCCGGUGUGGCUCAGACAGUGUGAAGUGUCGUCCGACGGCCAGCAGAGCGAUCGUCCUCUCAGAGUUCCUUCAUGGGUCGGAGAACUAGAACAAUCCAGCGGAGACAGUAAAGAUGAUCAGAUUAGUUCUCUGAUCUUAAGAGCCGAGCAGAUGUUAAACUCAUCUUCUCUUGGUCUCUGUGAGACGCUGAAGGAGCACAACAGCUCAGGAGAUACGGAGGACGCGCUGGACGCAGACCGAUCCUGGGACAAUCCGCCUGUGGCCUUUAAAUCUCCAGUGCCAGUGGGUGGCGCUGAUGAGCCGCAACCGCCUGAAGAACUUCAGAGGAGCAAGUCUGCAGCUUCCUGUUCAUCAGGAUACAGCAGCAGGAAACAUCCUGGUCCAGUGGAGGCUCUCAAACACAUGCUGUUCCGCCUACAGGACGUUGAACACAAGAUCAGCCAAUCACACGUGUCCAGUGAAGUCCAAACCACUGCACUCUUGGAGAGAGAAACACUGGAGCCGGCUCCUCAGGAGGAAACAGAAGAAAUGGACAUGGGAAGUGGCGAGUCGUUACGAAGAACUCUUCAUCACCUGGACAGACUGAAAACACUUGUGGACGACAUGAACGAGAGGAAGGCCAGAGCAGAGGAUGAUGGGACAGACUGUACACACACACCUGCAGCUAAUAUCACAAAUGCUGCCAGAAUCAAGAAGCAGUUAUGAAUCAGAGAUCAAAGACUGUUAUUAUCCUACACACACAGAGACACUUCAUGAAUCAUAUUUGCUUAAAGUUUCGAUUUCUGCUUCACUGUAUCUUUUUCUUUAAAACCUCAUGAAAGAGAAAAGGUAAAUAAAUGAUCAAUGAAUGAAAGUUUUCACGUGAUUUUAUUGGCACGUGAUUUUAUUGGCAAUGAGCAACAUUUGACUAGAUCAGUCUUUUUUUUAAAGUUUGUUUAGGUCAUUGACUUACACAAUCAUUUAGUUUUGUCUUGAUCGCUGGCUGGAACAAUAAUAUGGUUAAACACUGAAUCUUUUGCUAACAGAGUA